GUUUCUAGGUGACACUGCGGCGGCGUCGAUGUUCGAUUGAGCAGGCCUGCUUGAGGCUCCCAGAGGGCCGCGCGGCCCGGACUCCUCGGCGCUGUCAUGGCGGGCGUGCUGAAGAAGACCACGGGCCUGGUGGGAUUGGCGGUGUGCGACACUCCACACGAGAGGCUAAGAAUAUUGUACACAAAGAUUCUUGAUGUUCUUCAGCAAUUCCCUAAAAAUGCAGCAUACAGGAAAUACACAGAACAGAUUGCAAAUGAGAAGCUGACACUGGUUAAAGCAGAACCAGAUGUUAAGAAAUUAGAAGACAUGCUUCAGGGGGGCCAAGUAGAAGAGGUGAUUCUUCAGGCUGAACGUGAACUAAGUCUGGCAAGAAAAAUGUUGGUGUGGAAACCAUGGGAGCCGUUAGUGGAGGAGCCUCCUGCCAACCAGUGGAAAUGGCCAAUAUGAGCCCUAACUCUCUUUGAUGGGUUGAUGGGAAACUGAUAUAAUUAAAUGUUCUAUUAUGU